CCACCAGCCAGUAUCAAACCCUAUCCCAUCUCCUUUGGUCUUGGCGGCUCGGCGCUUUGCAUCUCUCUGAGCCCCAGUCGCCGGCGCGGCCGCAGAAUCCGAGAUUAGGAUCUGCCGUCGAGAAGGAGGUGGCGAUGAUGGCUUGCCGGCUACGGUUCCACCAGCGUGUAUCGUUCCAUCGUUUAAUCAACCAGGUGGUACUCUUUUCUUCCACAGUUAGGCUGGUUGGAGUCCGGCCGACCUGCUGCUCUCCGUCCAGGGACUUCGCGGCUGUCAAAUCCCAGAAAAUCCAGCCCCCCAAGAAGAAAAAGCGAUUGGAUGAGGCGUGCCUUGAGAGGUAUCAACAAUACAGUAGAACGUACAUCCAGUCAUGGAUUCUUCAGGGUAAGGUCCAUGUAAACGGAAGGGUCGUGAACAAAGCUGGAACACAAGUAUCUGACAAGUCAGUCAUAGAAAUCAAGGCUGAAAUCCCGAAAUAUGUAUGUAGGGCUGGGCAUAAGCUUGAGGCAGCUAUCAAAGAAUUUAGAGUUGACUGUGAUGGAAAGAUAGCCCUUGAUUCAGGGCUGUCUACAGGUGGUUUUACCGACUGUUUACUUCAGCAUGGGGCAUCACAUGUGUACGGUGUUGAUGUUGGCUAUGGACAGGUGGCUGAAAAAAUUCGUGUGCAUGAACAUGUCUCAGUAAUUGAACGUACAAACUUGAGACAUCUUUCUAAGCUGCCACAACUGGUUGACCUGGUGACGCUGGACCUAUCAUUCAUCUCUAUUCUUGUGGUUAUGCCUGCAGUGGUCAAAGUAAUGAAGACAAACUCAACACUGAUAACACUUAUCAAACCUCAGUUUGAAGCUCGUACAUCUCAGGUAGGAAAAGGUGGGAUUGUUCGAGACCCUCUGGUUCAUAAGGAGGUGUUAGAUAGGAUAAUUUCAGGCGUUGAGCAGUUUGGAUUUCGCAAUGGGGGCUGGAUCGAGUCUCCGCUGAAAGGCGCAGAAGGGAACACAGAGUUUCUUGCCUGCUUCGAGAGGAUCCCAAUGCCAGAGCCACACGCAGGGGCAGGGGCAGAGCCACACGCAGAGGCAGAGGCAGAGGCAGAGGCAGAGGCAGAGGCAGAGGCAGGGGCAGGGGCAGAGGCGGAGGCGGAGGCGGAGGCGGAGGCAGAGCCAGAGCCAGAGCCAGAGCGAGAGGAAACAUGAUUCUUAUUAUUAUGUCCAUGGCAUGGCAAGUUUUUUUUUAGAGAAUAGCUGGAGAAUCCUGAAGUUAUAAGAGAUUAGCAUGCUGUGAUAUGAGAGAUCCUCAAUCAAGUUAUAUCAAGAUUUUUUUGCAUAUGCUGCUGCGAAGCUCAAAAAUUGCAUUCUGCAAGACCGACAAAGGAGAUUCAGACAUGACAGGCAGGUACUCAGUUGUAUACAAAAUCGAAAUGGAAUGAAACAAUUAGCUCCAGUGUUAUUUGUUUUUUUUUAUCUUAGCAUAGCAUACGGGAUGUGUGCUCCCUGUGCACCGAGAGGGUAGAACACAGUUCCGCUUACGAUUUUGUACCUUUUGUGAUUUGGAUACGAUGGUGAAUACAUUCACCGCAGUUCGUUCCACUGAUCUGACGGAGCGAUUCGAACUGGAAAAUGUUCAAGAUGAUGUGCAA